AUGGUCCCCGUUCGACCGGCAUUGCCCGGAGAUCUCGACGCCAUCGCGGCUAUUCACACUUACUAUGUGCUAAACACCCACCACUCAACCUAUCAGCACAUCGUCUCUGAUGGCCUGCCCUACCUCGUGGCUGUCGAUGACGACGACGACUCGUCGGAUCGGUCCUUGCCGGCCACCGUGCUCGGCUACGCGAACGCUCACGACUUUCGUGGCGGCGUCGAAAGUGCCUACCGGCACACGGUCGAAAUCUCGCUCUUCUGCCAUCCCGACCACAGGAGCAAGGGCGUGGGGUCGUUGCUACUUGAGAAGCUGGUCUCUGCGCUUAGAAACCCGGCGAGGCACCCGGUUUUGCAUCUUCCUGAUGCACGGGGAAAGGAGAGGAAGGUGAAGGAGGUGAUGGCUGUUAUGGCUGUGGACGACCUGGGGGAGGGAGGGGGUUUGAAAGUGUGA